CAGGGACACCACCCCCUCAGGCCGGGGCGGCUCCCGGCCCCGCUCCGCCCCCCGCGCGCGGCGCGCUCCCCGCCCAGCCCUGCCACGUCCCGGCCCCGCCCCGGCGGCGGGCUGAGCGCGCGCGGAGGCCGCGGCGGGUGGCGGCGGCGGCGGCCAUGGCCUUCACCCUGUACUCGCUGCUGCAGGCCGCGCUGCUGUUCGUCAACGCCAUCGCCGUGCUGCACGAGGAGCGCUUCCUCCGCAACGUUGGCUGGGGAACAGACCAAGGGAUUGGUGGAUUUGGAGAAGAACCAGGAAUUAAAGCACAGCUAAUGAACCUUAUUCGAUCUGUACGAACAGUCAUGAGGGUGCCAUUAAUAGCAGUGAACUCGAUUACAAUUGUGUUACUCUUGCUAUUUGGUUGAAGACCAUCUGUUGAAAAUCAGUUUUUGAACAUCUGAAGUGGAGAGGCCACCCACUACCACCACCACUGAGUUUAUUGGAUCCAACAUGGCUUAGCUGUCAAACUUGACAUUCAAUUUAAAAUAAUAAAAACACAAUUUCUGUUUAUCUUAUUUCUUAAUGUUCACUUGCAGUUUCAUUACACAAGAUAAUGUGAUCAAUGCAACAGUGCUGUAAAUACAUUGGACUGCAAAAAGCUUUACUGCUGAUGGUUAAUAGCACCAACUGUUACAGUGUGUUGUAAUAUAUUGUAAUGAUUAGAAAACUGCACCCUUUUAACAAAUGUCUUGUCACUCAGGGAUGAAUUUCCUUCCAGUACACUUCGGUUUAUUUUUAUUUAAAAAAUAAGUUGUCAAGUUUUCAGUUUCAUAGUUAUUAACACAGUAUUAUUAUAUAGACACCAAUUUGGCUAUUAAGAUGUGUUACAAUUUUGGAAACAGAUAUUUUUUACGUUUUGGUGGAUGAUGGUGGGUGAAAUCCUUACUCUGUUGAAGACAGGAAGAGUUUGUCAUGGCCAGGAUUUCACCCAUGGUAUAUAUUUUCUCAAACCAAUGACAUUUAAGCUAAUGGCAAACAAAGUGUUUUGAAAAUAUGUGCAAUAGCUAUGCAAAAUCAGAACUAUAUGUGCCUAAGGCGAGGAAACCGUGUAACUGAGUGUUAAAAUUUAGAUUAGCAAGUGAAGUACUCACUAGUAUUUGUCAUUGUUUUGUCAAGGAUCUCUUAAAGUAUUUGCUAAAUAUAUGUGUAGUAAGUAGUAUGUCUGCAGUGGUGAUCUGUAGCAGUGUUUGUAUUCUAAACUGUUUUUGAUAAUAUUGGAGGAAAAUACUGCAACCCUUUUUCAAAUGCAGUUAAAAAAAAAACAACCCCACACAACAGCAAGACACUUCAGAGUCAGUUAUGUUACCUGUGGGGGGUUGUUUUUUUUUAAGUACUCUGUUAUUCAAAGUGAAACACUGCAGUCCUUACUCAGGCAAAAUUCCUAAAUCAGUAUAGAUUUUGUCUGGACUCAGACUGCAGGAUCAGGCUUGGUGUUAAGUAGUAAGUUUGAAUUCAAGAAGACUGAUUCUUGUGUACCUUUUUAGAGAAGCCAAACUUCUGUUCAGCUUUUCCCAUUUGCUAGAGUGUGACCCAAAUUCUUUUAGCUUAUUUUUAAAGUGGGGAAGAAAAGAAGACUGGAGAAACCUGGUAGUUAUAUUAUUGUUUUUAGAACAGUUUACUUUUAGUUUAUCACCUCUUCUUUUGUCAUUGACUCAAGGUAAAAUAAUUUUUUUAUACAAGGAUACAUUUGCAAAACAGCAUGUGAAUGAGUUUGGUGAUCUUCCGUUGCAGGAUCUUACAGAAGCCGAGUUUAUUUAGGAGGAUAGAUUUUUUUUUUUUUGUGAACAUUUGUAAAUAAAUCUGAAUUUCUAAACUAA